CUUCAGCAGCCUAGCAUUAAUACACAACCUCUCAAGUCUCAAUUACCUUUGCUAACUAGAAAAAAUGGACUUACUUUCAAGUUCCCUAAUUAACUCCAUUGCAAUUGCACUCCUCUCUAUAAUAAUCUUGUUCUUGUUCCUUCACUAUCAUUAUCGUCCCUCCAAUUCCAAAGAGCCUCCCCUAGCACCGGGUGCAUGGCCAAUACUCGGUCACCUAAUUCCACUAUUUGCCGCUAAUUCACAAAAACCGCCACACAAAAUCUUGGGUUCCUUGGCCGACCAAUAUGGUCCUUUGUUCACUAUCAAGCUCGGUACCGCACGUGCCGUGGUACUCAGCAACUGGGAAAUGGCCAAAGAAUGCUUCACCACAAACGACAUCAUUGUUUCGUCUCGUCCCACCCUCAUCGCGACGCAACAAAUGGGCUACAACGGAGCCAUGUUCGGCCUGGCACCAUACGGUCCUUACUGGCGCGAGCUCCGGAAAAUCAUAACUCUAGAGAUCCUUUCCGGUCGCCGCGUUGAGCAACUCGGCCAUGUCCGUGUCUCCGAAGUUCAAACCUCAAUCAAUGAGCUGUACUAUGUUUGGUGUAGCAAAAAGAAUGAGGAGUCUGGUUACAUGUUGGUGGAAUUGAAGCAGUGGUUUACCGAGGUGACGUUCAACAUGGUUCUUCGGAUGGCUGUUGGCAAGCGCUAUAUUGGUGGCGGCGACGUGGUUGAGGAGCGUUGUAUGAGUGCUUUGAGGAAGUUUAUGCGUUUGAUGGGGUUGUUCACGGUGGGAGAUGCGGUUCCUUGGAUGAGAUGGUUUGAUUUUGGUGGACAUGUGAAGGAGAUGAAGGAAACUGCUAAGGAGUUGGACAGAGUUGUAGGGGAGUGGCUAGAGGAGCACCGGCGGCUGAGGGCCAUGUUGGGCGAAAAGGUUGACCGUGAUGAUGAACAAGACUUCAUGGACAUCAUGAUUUCAUUGGUUGAUGGAACAAUUAUUGAUGGGUUUGAUGGUGAUACCAUCAUCAAAGCCACAGUCCUGACAUUAUUUUUAGGAGGAGCUGAGACAACCACUGUGACCCUUACAUGGGCAAUAUGUUUGUUACUAAAAAAUCCUCACAUAUUGGAAAAAGCAAAAGAAGAACUCAAUACUAAAGUUGGUAAAGACAAAUGCAUAAGUGAGUCAGAUUUAAGCAAGUUGGUGUAUCUUCAAGCCAUAGUCAAAGAAACACUAAGAUUGUGUCCACCGGGACCUCUUUCAGCACCUCGUGAGUUUUCAGAGAAUUGCACUUUAGGAAGCUACCAAGUCAAAAAGGGAACUCGACUCAUAACAAAUCUUUGGAAGAUCAACACCGAUGCAAGUGUUUGGCCAGAUCCAUUGGAUUUCAGACCAGAAAGGUUCCUUACAACUCAUAAAGAUGUUGAUGUUAGGGGUCAUCAUUUCGAGUUGUUACCAUUUGGAUGUGGUAGGAGGAUUUGUCCUGGAAUAUCAUUUGGCCUACAAAUGGUUCAUUUUACUCUGGCUAGUUUUUUGCAUUCCUUUGAAAUCUUGAAUCCAUCCGGUGAGCAUGUUGACAUGACUGAAUCCUUUGGAUUGACCAACGCCAAAGCUACUCCACUUGAGGUUCUUGUUAAACCAAGUUUGUCUACAAAUUGUUAUGAAACCAUGUAAUCUUUGUGUUAGCAGGGUGAUCUUUCGUGGUUUUGGAAUAAAAUUACACUAGUCUUCCAGAGUGCUAUGAAAUCA